AAUCAACUGAUCCGACAAAAAUCAGAGUUGCAGAGAAGAUUCCCCCGACCUGCUUCCUCACCCCUGUCGUCUUCCCCAAUCGUCAUCUUCCUAUAAUCUCCUCCGAUUCCUCGCUCCCCUUCAUUACACUCACCGGAGAUGUCGUCGACGUUCAGCGGAGAUGAAACCGCACCGUUCUUCGGCUUCCUCGGCGCUGCCGCGGCCCUCGUCUUCUCCUGCAUGGGAGCCGCAUAUGGGACAGCGAAGAGCGGGGUCGGAGUGGCCUCGAUGGGCGUGAUGAGGCCGGAGCUCGUGAUGAAGUCGAUCGUGCCGGUUGUUAUGGCCGGAGUUUUGGGUAUUUACGGCUUAAUUAUUGCAGUUAUUAUAAGCACAGGGAUUAACCCAAAGGCCAAAUCGUAUUAUCUGUUCGAUGGUUAUGCCCAUCUGUCGUCGGGGCUUGCUUGCGGGCUCGCGGGUUUAUCGGCCGGCAUGGCCAUUGGUAUCGUGGGGGAUGCCGGUGUUAGAGCUAAUGCACAACAACCAAAGCUUUUCGUUGGAAUGAUUUUGAUCCUCAUCUUUGCGGAGGCGCUGGCUUUGUACGGCCUUAUUGUCGGCAUCAUCUUGUCUUCCCGAGCUGGACAGUCCAGAGCAGAGUAGGUCGUCUUCCCAAAGGCCCAGUAUCUGGUCCUCCCCUGUUUCCCCCUGCUUUAGUAAUUUAUAGCCCAAGUUGCGCUGCAUUGUCUUUGUUGUCUGCCCGAUUUUCUGUUAGAUGAUUGGACACCUCAACUGUUGUAUAAUAAAGAGCAUUGAUUUCGAAUAAGAGCUUCUGUUUGCAAGUUUUCGAUCUA